UCCGGGCCCGCCCCGGGGGCGUCUGGGAAAGGCGGCCCACUGCGGCCCGGACCAUGGCCAACCGCCUGUUGCCCGCAGACCCCGUCGGAGCCAUCCUGGUGCAGGUUCAAGAAGAUCUUGAACAUCUUAAAGAGGAAUUAACUCGUGUACCAGUUAGAGGAAAAGAACAGCAUCUGGACAUUCAAACUCUGGAAACAGCCAUUAAAAGAACUGAAUUGGGAUUAAAAAUACACGUCGAGCAAUAUCUGAAUGCCAUAAAUCGCCGAGUGUUAACCAUUCCUUCUUUGGAGGACAAGGCAUCACAUCCUCAUCCGCUUUCCAAAUGGAACUUUCCAAGUGACAUUCCCAAGCAGUCAAUAGUUUUCCCAUUAUCGACGAGGGAUAAAGCUCUGCCGGUCCCAGUAGAGGGUAGAUUCUUUCCCCACAUCUCUCCGGGAUCAAAGCCAAAGGUAACAAUGAAUGUAAAAAUGUUUCAAGACCCCGAAAGCAUCAAACACAGAACUUCUCCAAAUCAGAACUCCGGAAUCAGUUUGCCUCUUAUAAGUAGGAGGAAAACAGCAUUUAUACCACCUCAGAAGAUAGUGAAAGGACCCACAGUACCCAGUCUCACGAUUCCACCUGCUUCUCACCGCACCGACCCCUCUCUCACACCUCUUCCUGUGCUAGAAAAAGACGCAAAUAAAGGUAUACUGAGUCUUCUGGAAAGAGGGCUGAUUCCAGCGGCUGCAAAGAUUACUCUGGAAAAUCCACCUGUGUUACCCAAAGCAGCUCCGCUCCACCCUUUCCCAAAACCGUAUAAGGCCCCUACGUCAGGCGGAUCCAUUAGCAAACUGGCAGUGGUUGGCAGAGCACAGUUAGCCUUUCGAGACUCAAAACCCACCGAGUCUCCACAGGGCCCGGGAUCUUCUUCCACAAAAGAGAGCACUGCACCACCCCCGUGUGACGUCUUUGUACUUCCAGCUCAGAAUUCAAAGCCGAUAUGUUCGCCAUCCCCUUCAAGAUUGGAAUUGGUGCCAUAUCCUUCUCCCCAGUUGCAGAGAGAAGUCGUAUUUCUGGAGGAGUCGCAGGAGAGACAGCACAGCCCCGAUUGGCCUAUAUCCUCUAUCCCCGUUGUCCCCACAGAGAAAAGCUCGGCCCUGUUUUUUUCGUUUCCGGAUCGGCAGGCUUCAAAUGAAGAAUUGUGUUUGCCUACCGAGAAAUCAGUCCCAGAUUAUGACUUCUCCAUUUUCAAUGGCAUCAUAGAUAAGAAGGCCCCAGACUUCGUAGCCUUCAGGGAACGUUUUUGUUUAUGUUGGGGAAAUAUCAUUUCUUUCUUGGAAUACAUCGAGGAGUUUCUCCGGGACUACGCCAUACCCCAGGUCAGAAUAAAAGGCAGGAAACUGGUCGAGCUCCUCCCCGACUUUGAACUCAAGGAAAGACCGACCCGAGAUGACCUGUUCACGGUGAUGGAGAAUCCAAAUGAAAUAGCCCGGGCCUUAAAUCAGCCGGGGCAGAGAUUCAAGGGGCAAGGCGGAGUCCAUAUGGCUGCAGUGAAGAUCCAAACCACGUGGAGACACUAUCAAGCCCAGAAAACCUACAGCGAUUUCAAACGGAAGAAGUGGGCCUCGGGUGUGAUCGCCGUUACUUGGCUCCUGUACACUCAAAAGAUACGAUUGAAGAAGGCCCUGAAGGAAUCACGUCAAAGACACCUGGAGAAUUUUCACGCUCGAGCCAAGCAUCUGGCAGCCAACUGGAAUCGCAUGAGGACUUCCAGGAGGACUAUUAUCCAUAUCCCGUCAUUAGGAUAUCCCCAGACUGUGCGGGCCAAUAUCUCCAGAUUUGGUUUGCAACAAAACUUGCAGCUGGGAAGACUGUGUGACAUAGCAGAUGCCAACGUGGAUGUCAUCUACAUCUGCCCCCUUCAUCUGACCAAGGAGUUACAACAGUAUUACAAUAAACUCCUGGGUCUCCGGGCAGCUGUCGUAUCCGGGAACCCCGAGGACGCGGGUGACCUGAAGGACAGGUUCAAAAUUCUCACCCCUGAAGCUAUAAACUGCUUCACUAGACAUCCCUUGUGCUUGGCUACUCACUUGAAGUACAGUCCCAAGACGAUCAAAAGAAUAAAGAAUCUCAUCCAAGGCAAAGAAGCCUAUAUCGUCGGCGCGUUUCUCCACAGAGAUGAUUUAGCUGUCGCCGACAUGCUAAAUGUGCCUAUCUUAGGCUCGCAGCCGGAAAUGAUUCAAUUCUACAGUAGUAAGUCUGGGAACAAGAAGAUCUUUGACAGUGCCCAUGUUCUAGUACCUCCUGGAGUUCAUGAUAUCUAUAACGAACAGCAGAUGAUUGAACAGUUAAGUCAAUUGAUUGCUGAUCAUUUGGAAGUGCAGCGCUGGAUAUUUAAAAUGAAUAAUGAAUUUGGAGGGAAUGGUACAGCAUUUUGUGACAUUCUUCUUCACCUGAAAUGCUACAAGUGGCUCUUAAAAGAAAGUCAAAGAUACAGCCAUGGCAACUGGAGUAAGAAGUGGGCCCAGGAGCCAGCUUUGGUGAAGAUCUCCCAGGAGCUGGCAGACGUCUUAGCACAGCAUGCACAGCCAGUCAAUGGGAAACGAUUCCCUACGUGGGAAAAAUUCCUCCGAACAUUUCUGAGUCAAGGAGGUGUGAUUGAGGCCUUCCCACCCUCGGACAACGUCACCAACCUGACAGUGGACAUGCUGAUAGAGCCAACGGGGGAAAUCAAGAUGGUGUCUUCCGGAGACCAGUUCCACUGUGACGGCCCCUUCCGCUCCUCGGGCACUACCCUGCCUCAGUCAUCGGUGGAUCCACAAGUCCUCAGCUCGCUCUGCUUAAGCAUCGGCAAAGUCUGCAAAGCCAGGGGGGCGCUGGGUUACUUCUCCAUUGACCUGGUGACUUUUAUCCAUCCAGUCACAAAGGAGCAAGAGGUAUGGGCAACAGACCUUGACCUUUUUUAUAGUGACCAGCUUGCCAUGACUCAGCUCCUGUUGUACGUGACAAAUGGAAAUCUGGAUUGCCAGUCUGGACUCUUGGAAGUGCCGUGCUUCACGAAGAGAAUGAAAAGGCCGAGACUUCAUCCCGAGAUUAUAAAAAAGCCCCUUGAAACCCAUCGAUGGGCCGUGAUGAGUUCCCAGCUGAGGCAUACCAACCUCUCCUUGAUCUUCUAUUACGUUUUCCUCCAGAUGUGCCAGGGACACGGCAUUGGCUUCAACGUCCAGGAAAAGAAAGGAACAGUUUUUGUCUUGUACGAAAACCAAAACAGACACAGGUUGGGAAUGUUAACAAUCGGAGAUGAUCUCCAGGGGGUCCUCAUGACCUUUGCUCACAAUCUCUUCAUCAUCCAUCAAGAAAUAUCAGCACCUAAUAUGCAAGGCGAGACCAAUUUUAAGUCUUGCACUAGUGAAAUGGAAACAAUCCUAGGAGUUGCAGCAGAAAACAAACUGAAGUUUGAGGAGGAGGAGAAGGAAGGGGAGGCGAACAUCGAAUCAGGCCCUUCUGAUAAAGAACCGAUCGCAAUUUGAAAUCUGGAUUCUUCAUUGUGGAGCUCUAGGAAAGAACGAGUAUCUCACUCUUAGGAAGCAAAGGGAAAAAGAACGCGUCCGUUUUCCAAGUUCACCAGCAGCCUAUUUAAAACCCGUCGGAGCUAGAAAUGAGAAGAAUAUUUCUUGUUUGUUUUUCGUAGAGUGAUCUGAAUUUUCCAUUCUAAUUGCCACCCUCUGUUAUGCUUAAAUUGUGUGUGGUGAGUCCCAGAAAAUUUUGCUACCCAUCGAAGAAUGAUAAGCCCAGCAUCGUUUUUCCAGUAGCUGUAUUCUUAGAAGUUAUUUUUUGAACAUGAUAAAUACUUUCAAUGCAUUCAGGUAAAGGAUUCUUCACUCGGUCCUAACCAUUUUCUUUUUCCCCAGUGAGAUUGGAGACUAUUAAUCAUCACCCGUUUGGGGAACCUAAAUUGCUAGACAAGGUAGAUAUAUUAGACAAUUUAGAUGAGAAAAGAUACCCUUUGACUUUGCUAGUUUUUCCUAGGGCCAAGCCUCAGACUUUUUUGGUUUUGUUUUUUGCCACCUUCCAAGGGAAGCUUCCUGGCAGGAUAAAAUCUAACGGAGGCUGCGGAAUUGACGUAAGUGGCAGCAUACACUCUCAUUUGAAGUUAUAGUGAAAACCCCGGCCCUAAAAAUUCAAUAAACAUUUUCCGUCCUCUCCCUUGAGGGGGUUGGAUAUGUAGUGACAUGAAGCCCCCCAAAAUCUUUUAGGAUUUUUAAAAAUCCACUGUUCCAGAGCACACCCCUCAAAGACCAGACUGGCACGACUAUGAUCCAGGUUCAAUGACGAAGUAUUUAAAAACGCAAAUCAAAACAUCGAAUGAAUGUGGAUUUUUUUUUCCAAAUCUCAUCUCAAUAAAAAUAGAUAAUUUGA